AUUCAAUUUAUUUAAUCGAUUAUUAUCCAAUUCCCUGUCUCUUAAAAUCAGCCCUGACUUCGUCUUCUUCGCCAUAUCCUCUUUUACAAAUCGCAGAAGCUCCAAACCCUAGCACUUUCCCUUCUCCGAUUUUCUCAAACUUCAUCAAAAAUUUCUCAAAUUUCUUCCAUUUUUCACCAAAUUUCAUCAAUUUCAAAGAGGAAAGAUGCCAAGGUGCAAGAACGCUUCAUCGCGUCAAGAAUCGGCGGCAGAAGAAGGUGAGAGGCCAUGGCGUCGUGAAGGGAGCAAGUACAUCCACAUUCAAACCGGACUCGCCUUCAACACUGGGGCUUUAGCCGAGAGGUUCCACAACAUCUUUCUCACGAAGGAGAUCGUCUCACCAAAGAUCGUGAACAAGGACCUCUUCAAAUCGGCGACCUAUGCCCCGAGUAAGUCUCUUUUCUCUCAGCAAGGAUUGUUUCGUUUCAUCCAUUUGACGUUUGAAUUCUUUUGUCCAAAUCUUAUACGUCAAUUUUAUGCAAAUCUUCGUACCACUAAGGGAGACUCGCCAUCUCUCAUUUCCUAUGUUGUUGGCAAAACCGUUUUCAUUGACGGUGCCGGUUUGACUUCUUUGUUUGGCCUUCGUCGAGGUGAAAUUACCGAAAACUUGGAUGAAACAUUCCAAGAUGAGGCAAUUUGGCGACAACUCGGACCAGCAUACCCGACUGCUACGCGUGCCGACGUUCACUUGGUGGGUUCAGGGCCCAUCGAGCGAUUUGAGAUGUGGGGCCGCCACCGCUCUUUGACGGAGUCUGUGUACUUGUCCUCGGCAGUUCUUGCCGAUUAUGGGUACGCCGAGGAGAUGGAGCAGCUGCUGCAGGGGACGAGGUGGCACCGCCUCUUUACGAUGCGGGCUGAGUCCAGCCUGCCACUGACGAUCGAGUUCCUAUGCUCUUUGGAGUUGGAGCCAUCCACGGGGUCGCGGUUGAUGAACCUCCAGUCCAUUGACUCUCAUACCACCCUUACUUUCACUCUCCUGGGGCAGGGGUUUCAGCUUACGGAGGCGAAUGUGGCCGUCUUUGAGGCCCGAUUCCUCUACAACCAGUCCAUGGGGAAUCGGACGCACAUUGUCUGUGGUUUCGUGGUCACCAUACUCUUCCGAUGGCUCGUGGGGUCGACGCCCAUUCCGCAUCCCCAGAUGCUGAUGAGAGAUUUGGAUACAGGCAUGCUGAGGAAUGCUCAUAUCCGCAGGAGGUUGGGAGCUAGCUCUACCGAGAGCAACGCCGCCUCCUCAUCUGCGCCCUCGACCUCAGGAGCAUCUUCGCAUGUUUCAUCUAGGAGAGCCACCCGCCGCCGUCCCACCACUUCUGAGACUCCUGCAGCCACGACCUAAGCAGAUCCGAUUCCUGAAUGGGCUAGGAGGAUCAUGGAGCAGCAGGAGACCAUCCUGCAGAGGAUGUCCG